AUGGCGGAGGCUGCCCUCCACAUAGGCCAACAUGAGGCACUUGGGUCUGACUCUAAGUCAAACAGGAGACCGUGGAAGAGCUGCACGCUGCAGGAGGUGGUCGAAGAGCUGGCGGAUGGCUUCAGGUACUCUAUCUCCCUGGACAAGGGGCAGCUGCACCGUGCCACCAUCAAUAACCAGGGCUGCUCUGAGCUGGCCACUGUGCAUGUCAGCUUUGGUGGCUCACACGUGGAGGGCCAUGCCUACCUUCUGCCAGGCCACCUGGAGCACCUCAAGGCCAUUGAGGCCGAACAGAAAGAGCCAGCUCCAAAGCUCCUGUCACUUCCAGAGCCAGAGCCAGAGCCAGAGCCAGAGCCAGCCUCUGGGCUAGAGCCAGCUCCAGCUCCAGCUCCAGCCCCACCGCCUGUGGCAGAGUUUGAGCCAGCAUCACCUGCAUCGGACCCUACAUGGCUGGAGGAAGGGCCACCAUUAACUUCAGCCCCAGUGCCGGCUCCUGAACUAGAGCCCACUGGGCCCUGGGCUGUGACCACCGAAAACCAGCUGAGGGAGGAGAAGCCGAACCUCUUGGACUUCCCUCCCUGGCUGGUGGCAGAGCAGCUGACAAGGAUGGAGGCGGAGCUGUUUAAGAAAUUGGUGCCCGCCCACUGCCUGGGCUCCAUCUGGUCCCAGCAAGACAACAGGGAUGGCGAGUACUUGGCACCCACCAUCCGUGACACUGUGGCACACACGAACACCUUGGCCAACAGUGUCAUCGCAUGA